GUGACGACGAUUAACAGUCUGCAAGAUGAACGUUCACCGGCGCUGCGAGACCAACGUGGCUCCCAACUGUGGCGUGGACGCCAGGGGCAUUGCCAAAGUGCUGGCUGACCUGGGCGUCACUCCAGACAAAAUCACCAACAGUGGCCAGAGGAGGAAAAAGCUCAUUGCUGGUGCUGAGUCCCCGCAGCCUGCUUCUGGAAGCUCACCAUCUGAGGAAGAUCGAUCCAAGUCGGCCCCCACCUCCCCUUGUGACCAAGAAAUUAAAGAACUUGAAAACAACAUCCGGAAGGCCUUGUCAUUUGACAACCGAGGGGAGGAGCACAGGGCAGCAUCAUCCACCGACGGCCAGCUGGCGAGCCCGGGCGAGAAUGGUGAAGUCCGGCAAGGCCAGGCCAAGCGCUUGGGCCUGGAUGAGUUCAACUUCAUCAAGGUGUUGGGCAAAGGCAGCUUCGGCAAGGUCAUGCUGGCGGAGCUCAAAGGCAAAGAUGAAGUAUAUGCUGUGAAGGUCCUGAAGAAGGAUGUCAUCCUUCAGGAUGAUGAUGUAGACUGCACAAUGACAGAGAAGAGGAUUUUGGCUCUGGCGCGGAAACACCCGUACCUAACCCAACUCUAUUGCUGCUUCCAGACCAAGGACCGCCUCUUUUUCGUCAUGGAGUAUGUAAAUGGUGGAGACCUCAUGUUCCAGAUUCAGCGGUCCCGAAAAUUCGACGAGCCUCGUUCCCGGUUCUAUGCUGCAGAGGUUACGUCAGCCCUCAUGUUCCUCCACCAGCAUGGAGUCAUCUACAGGGAUUUGAAACUGGACAACAUCCUUCUGGAUGCAGAAGGUCAUUGCAAGCUGGCCGACUUCGGAAUGUGCAAGGAAGGGAUUCUGAACGGUGUGACCACCACCACAUUCUGCGGAACUCCUGACUACAUUGCCCCCGAGAUCCUGCAGGAGUUGGAGUAUGGCCCCUCGGUGGACUGGUGGGCCCUGGGGGUGCUGAUGUACGAGAUGAUGGCUGGUCAGCCCCCCUUCGAGGCCGACAAUGAGGACGAUCUGUUUGAGUCCAUCCUCCAUGAUGACGUGCUCUACCCGGUCUGGCUCAGCAAGGAGGCCGUCAGCAUCCUGAAAGCUUUCAUGACCAAGAACCCUCACAAGCGCCUGGGCUGUGUGGCGGCACAGAACGGCGAGGAUGCCAUCAAGCAGCACCCGUUCUUCAAGGAGAUCGACUGGCUGCUCCUGGAGCAGAAGAAGAUCAAGCCGCCCUUCAAACCUCGAAUUAAAACCAAAAGAGACGUCAAUAAUUUUGACCAAGACUUUACCCGGGAAGAGCCGGUACUCACGCUCGUGGACGAAGCGAUUGUGAAGCAGAUCAACCAGGAGGAAUUCAGAGGCUUCUCCUACUUUGGUGAAGACCUGAUGCCCUGAGAAGCCGCUCCAGGUGGAGUUCGUUGACGCUGCAAGCAGGGGCGCCGGGAAGAUUCCUAUUUUUCCGUCGGACGGUCUUGAACUACUUCUCCUCCCCGGAGCCCCAGUCCCUUGUCCACCCUCUAUUUAUUACAUUCCCUCGCCCCAGGCCAGCUCCGCCCUCUUCCCACCUGGUGACCAGAAGGCACUCUUGGUUCUUGUCUCACCAGUAAUGCAGAAUCGCGUGGCGUCAGCAGUUCACUGGACCCAGUGCCGAGUCUGGUCUGUUGGCAAGCCUGGCUUCACUCCACGGGGGCUUCUGGCAGGGAAGCGACUUCAGGUCUUUUACUGAAAAGAAAAGGAAAAAAAAAAAAAAAAAAAAAAGCUAACGAGACUCUGGCUCUGCUCGUGGACGCAGAGUGCUGGCAACUCUUGCUUCUCAUCCCUCCAGUUCCCCCGCUUGCCACCCUCUGCCAUUCUAUCCAGAAGAAGAGACUGGUGCUUCUUCAGCCCAAAGGUGGGCGCCCUCAAGGCAUGCCCGGGAAGGAGAGAGGCUGGGAGAUGCCCGGGUUGGUUCCCUGUGUUGGUUUGCUCUGGAAUGGCUAAUUCUCACUUGCUUUGGUUUUAGCUUUGGGGCAUGCCAAAGCUGUGUAAGCAUGCAUCUUGUGGAAGAAAUCGCUCUCCGUAGAAAAAGAAAUUUGAUUUUGAACUCUGUUAACAUUUGAAGAAUAGAUUAUCAAAUUUGCUUUCUAAUUGGCCAAAAGAUAUAAAUUCCAGUGUUAAUACAGGUAGAUAUUAAAGGGCUAAUACAUCCUCGUCCAAGGUUUAUGCUCUUAAUGCUUUCGUGGCACGUGGGGCUCUGUGAAUUGAGAGAAAAGGAAACUGGUAGUGCUCUUACUUAUUCAAGUUCUGCCUGAACUCCAAGGCCACCGCAGAGGUGGCCAAGGCCCUGGGGUUCUAGCAAAACUCGCCUCCCAAAUUCUCUUUGCGGUUUCGUCCUAAGUCCCCAGCAUCAACUCUAUUUAUUUUCUGCAGCAGUGUGCAAUUUUCGCGCACUUCUACCAAACGGUAGUACUACUGUGUUGUGGUUUUUAAACGUUAAACGUGUAAAGUUAAAUAUGAAAUACCUGCUUUUGGAACAAGCAGAAUGAGGUUAAACAUGGGUCAUGCAGAGGGUGUCAGGAGAUUGAAGAGCGACUUAUUUGAAAACUGACAGGGUGGCAAGAUGCGCUCGGAGUUUUGUUUCUGUGUGACAUGCAAUGGCAACUCAUGUGGACGCUAUUUAAUGGACGUGACAUUACCUCCUGUAGAUAUGCUAACAGUGUUACAUUCUUUGAUUUCCAAGGGUUCUCUGUGGCUUUGUGUACAUGUUUCCUGGAGGUCGUUUGAUUAUCUAUUUUACUGAACUGAUUUAGCAGGGAAUGGAAUCCAUUCCAACUGUUGCACGUGGAGUUCCCAGCUGCCCCUAAAUAUAUAUACUUGUGAGUGGCAAAGUGGCACUAAUGAAGCUUUUUGCCUUUUGUACAUUUGAGAUUUUUGUAUAUAGUGUUUGCUGCAAGGCCUGUGGAAUUAAUUCAUUGAAUUUAGAGGUAUCAACUGCUGCAUGUUCAGGCAUAUUAUAAAACUUUAGUCUAUGAAAGAAUAAUUAUAAUAAUGUCCAGGUGCAAUACUCUCUGAGUGUAUUGGUUCAAGUUACCGAGAGAUAAGGUGUGUUUCCUUCUUUCUCUUUUUUUCCUCGGGGGGCGGGGAGGGGUGUUCUUUGUAUUGUUUAUUGCAUUUUGGUUUAUUUUAAAAGAUGUAAACUCACGUAUAGUUCUCCUGCGCUCUGUUAUGCCCUGAUAGAGAUGGGAAAGAGAAAGGAAUGUUCUGGAUGGUGGUUUCAAAGUUUGGACAGUAACUAGCUGGAGCCCAUUAGCUGGUGUCCAUAUUUGUAUCUGGCUAGUCACGUAGCCUUGGUUACUAGUGAUGCCAUUCAGUUCUCUUUUGUUCUGAUUUUUUAAAAACUCAGGUGUAAUUAUUAACUGUUCUUAUGAUCAUUUCAAAUACUAUGCUGUAUCAAUUUGUGUGUUUGGCAUACCAGUGAAGAGAUGAAGAACAGUAGAUUAACUGAUCUUUGGUAACUUGACAUACUGGGGAGAGACUGUCUUCUGGAGUUGAGGACAAGCACAGAAGCAUCUUCAUGGCGGCAUCAUCUCAUUUUUUUAGGAAGACAUGACAAUACUGCCCAUCUUACUCAUGCAUCACCACUGCUCUCUGUUUUCUCCUCUGCUUCCUUCACCCCGAUGGACUUUGAAACACCGAGCAAACUCUAACUGUAAUGCCACCUGGCCUUGUCCAAGGUAUUCCCAUGUCAGCAGGGGUUGGGCCUUCCUAAAGGACAGCUAGCGUUUUUGUUGGGAAGUCAAAUAAUAAUACAUUCCACCAGGCAGCCCCAGGCAGUCACUCAGCGGGUUGCCUGGACCAGAGAUGCCCCCUUCCAGCCCCCAAAGCUGGGCUGGCUGGGAUUCCUCCUGUUUGGGGCUGGAGCUCAUCAAGUUCUCACACAGGCAGAUUCAAAUCCCAUGUAGUCUAUAGAAUAAGGCUUGUGUGUUCGGUGAGUAGUCAUUGUUUCAUUUUAGCUUUCACAAGAGUUUGGAAGCAGACACACUGUUUCAUUUCUGCCAGUUCUUUCGAAUCUUUCCAGCUCGCUCACUCACUCUUUUUUUUUUU